AUGCUUCAUUCAAGAAUGCCCCGCUACCAGGAUGACUGCUCCAGGUAUCUCAAGCAGAUCAAGGUGAUUCUACACGGAGAUGAAGAAAGCGACCCUCAACCAGAUCAGAUCCUGAUUUUGGCCCAAGAAGUCCACCAGACCGACCUUCUCACGCAUUUGGUCCACAAUUUGAGGAAACUCGACUUCGAUCUGCGCAAAGACGUGUUGAUCUUGUUUCUGACGCUUUUGCGACGGCAGACUGCCAACGAGAGCCCGACGGCCUCGUACUUGCUUGUGCACAAUGAGAUCUUGGUAAAAUUGAUGAAGGGCCCGGAGUACCCGGAUGUCGCCUUGGUAUGUGGACAGAUUCUACGUGAUUGCAUCAAGUUUGAGCUGCUCAAUCGCUUUGUGCUCCAGCAUCCGCUUUUCUGGCGCUUGUUCAAGUACGUCCAGCUGCCCCUUUUCGAAGUGGCCACCGACGUGUUUGUCACCUUGAACGCGUUGCUAACAACGCAUAAGAAGCUCGUGGCAGAGUUCCUUCUGGCCAACACGGCCCAAUUCAUAGAAAGCAUCAACGAACUCAUCAGGCUGGACAACUACGUGACGAAGAGACAGCUGGUGCGUCUUUUGCGGGAGCUCGUGCAACAGAAACAGAACCAGCAGUUCCUACUCAGCUACUUUGACGACGCUCGAAGCCUCAAGAUUGUGAUGAUCCUCUUGAGUGACAAGCUGAAGAACGUGCAAACUGAGGGCUUCCACAUCUUCAAGUUCUUCGUGGCCAAGCCCAAGAAGCUGCCCAAAAUCAUCGACAUCUUGGCGAAGAACAAAGACAACUUUGAGCACUUUUUCGCCAAUUUCGACGUCAACAACUCCGCUCCAGGCCUGGUUGAGGAACGGGACUACAUCCUACAGGAAAUCCAGAAACUAGAGCCGCCUCAUUAA